ACACACACACGAGUAAUCACCGGCCCUCUGUACAACGUCGGGAAGCAGCAGAACAGUUUCGUGCAUUAAAAAAAAUCGAAUAAACUGAUAGAUAACUUGUUUUCCUCGAAGAGGCGAGUCGUUAAUUGAUGAAGUGGAUGUUUUUGUACUUGAAGGUUCGCGGCAGAGUUCCGCAUUGGUGUAAGAAGUUCUGAGAGUAGUCUCUACCCUCCUGCGCCUCUGGGCCCGACACUGACAGCUGACCGCGGGAGGAGGGAGUCUCUGUCCCACAGCCCCUCCAGUCAGUGUCGAUUACACGGUUAGAUUAACCAGAUCCCCCCAAACCCUCGCAUGGACUGUCUCCAGAAGCUGACAGCGCCGAGCAGUCCUGCACCAGCGAGGGAGUCACUUCACUUCCUCGCUUCCAACUAAAGUCCAUCUCCAAGCGGAAGAGUUGGAAGGAAAGGACUGUUUUUUUUUUGUUUGGGACCCAAACUCCGGGCUUGUCAGUGCCAGGAGCUGGAGCACGCAGCCCGGAUCUUCUCAGCUCCAACAUCAAACUGAGGCAGAGGCGCCGAGUAUCCACCGUGACUUCUCCGCGGAAUCGACACUUCCCGGAUCCGGCGCUCCAAUGUUCUGGAAGGGCGAGAGCCUGGUUCCUCCGCCAGAGGGGAAGAAGGUCUUGGCUGAAGAAAUUUUGGCCGAAAAGGUGAUGUCGCAGGAGAGGGAACAUCACCAAGGCGCGUCUCGCUGCGUGGAAGGCACCGUUUCCCGGAGCGUGUCUCACUCUGACAGCGACACGUUGGGAACGAGCAUGGGCAAGGAUGAGAUUCGAUCUUCACCCAGCCCACCCUCUACCCCUUCUAUCUCAUCCCCGCCUUCAUCCUCCUACUCCAUUAUCUCCGCCGACAAAAACAUCUGUGCCAGCUGCGGGUUGGAGAUCCUAGAUAAAUAUCUGUUGAAGGUGAAUAAUUUGAUCUGGCAUGUCCGCUGUUUGGCUUGCUCGGUCUGCAGGACUUCCCUGCGCAGACACGCCAGCUGCUACAUUAAAAACAAAGAAAUCUUCUGCAAAGUGGAUUAUUUCAGCCGCUUCGGUACCACCUGUGCCCGGUGCGGGCGGCAGAUCUUCGCCAGUGACUGGGUGCGCAGGGCGAGGGGCAACGCCUACCACCUGGCCUGCUUCGCCUGCUUCUCCUGCAAGAGGCAGCUCUCCACGGGCGAGGAGUUCGGGCUGGUCGAGGAGAAGGUCCUGUGCAGAAUUCACUACGACACCAUGCUGGAAAACCUCAAACAGGCGGCGGAGAACGGUAACGGGCUGACCCUGGAGGGAGCUGUACCUUCGGACCAGGACAGUCACCCCAAGCCGGCAAAGCGAGCACGGACCUCCUUCACCGCGGAACAAUUACAGGUGAUGCAGGCACAGUUUGCACAGGACAACAACCCCGAUGCACAGACGCUCCAGAAACUGGCCGACAUGACCGGUCUGAGCAGGCGCGUUAUCCAGGUCUGGUUUCAAAACUGCAGAGCACGGCACAAAAAGCACACGCCGCAGCACGCCGUGGGUCAGCCUGGACCCCCUCGGUCGCGCCUUCCUCCGUCCCUACCCGAGGAGCUCCAUUACCAAGCGUUCAGCCAUCACGAGCGGACCCGGAUGGUAGCACUACACGGAUACGUGGAGAACCACCCGUUCUCUGUACUGACUGCUCAGUCAAUCCCACACCAAGCUUUGGCUUUGCCGCAAUUGCCGAUUAGCCGGUGAAUCCCUCGAUGGCAAAAUCCAGCUUUUGAAGAACAGAAGGCAUUCAUGGAUCGUGUGAUGGAUCAAGCAGAAAUUUAGUUUGUAAAUCCCACCUGUGUACAUUCUCGGUCAUGUUGUUAAGCUCUACGCUGUUCACACGGUCUGGCCUGCAGAUCGUAUCGAAUUCAAUUCACUAUCCAAGGAAAUGCUGGAAAUACUCGGCGAGGCAGGCAGCAUCCGUGGAGAGAGCAGACGAGUUGACGUUCUCGGGUGUGGGCCACUCUCUCAGUCACGGUUUUCAGCAGCUGCACCGCUGUGUUCCUUGCAAAGGAACCUACUGACUAUAGUCUGGAGCUGGACCUACUUGCUGCUUCUCGGGAGACUGGUGAAGAAUCUUCUGCAUUACGUGUCUGAUAAUUGUAUUAGAGCUGGGUGAAGGAGAUGGUUCAUCAAAUCAUCCUUACUGAUGCAACACACCCUUAAGCAGAAGUGGAAGAGACUUUGAGCUUAAUUUCAUUUCUUUGAUUUGUUCCAUUUCCCUUGCAGUCGACAAUGCCAAUAUGAAGGAAAGGCCUGCCCGAUGACUCACAACUUGCAAAGUUGCUCACAACUUGUCCCCUUUAACAUCCUGUCCCAUCUGGAGUUCUCUUCACCCAUUCUUUGCGUUGCAGUCCGUUGACAUCCAGCAUGACGUAGCUUUCCCUCAGAGCCCGGCUCCACGUCGGAAGGCACGCAUCGUAAUUCUCUCUUUCUCUCUCACUUCACGUCUCGAGCUCUCGGUUCCAAUAGAACCCACAAAGAGAAACCCUCUCCUCCGUUUCCCUGUUGCACCCACACACACCCACUGGCAACACCGCAAAUUCACUCCUUGCCUGUGAAGGCUUCUCCAUAGAUCAGCGUUUGAGCCAUGCCGAACCUUAUACAUUGUGUUGAGGGGACACUCGAGCAGUUUCAUGAACUCCAUUCAAAUCAAUGGAUCUGUGCUCAAACGGGGAUAAAUAACAUGACUUCCAGUAAUAUAAAAUUGUAACAAUUUCAAUUUCAUUGAGUCGAUGCAUUGGUGGUUAUAACUUUUUAGUGAACAGCAAGCUUCAUCACACGACACCUACUCUUUCUGAUUGUAGCGAGUGACGUCCCGAGGUGUUGGCUGCGUUUUAAGGUCAGAGCAAGGAGGAUCUCACUACAGUGGAAGAGACUGAUUGGUGGUGCCUCACACAGCAGGUCGGAAGCUACCGGCUGUAAUUUCUUCUGCAAUGUUUUAUUCAUCUGGCACGAAUUAGUGUCUGCACAGAGAACAAAGCCAAAAUUAAUUGCUUCCGUCUGUCGAUUUCAUGGUGAGAGGAUGGCGGUGAGGGAGCUUCCCAUGUGAGUCCAAGGGAAGGGUGAAUGGGCAAUGGGGCCAAUGCUCUGGACACCCAGAGAGGGGACCCUAGAGAGAGUUGGAGGUCUGUACCACUUGUUAGCCAAGGCACCAGCCAUUGUGAUUCUGAGAUAAAUGGAUCGCAGGCUCCUGGGUGUGUUUGUGCAGUGUGGUGGUCUCGCCAAGGGCUGUGGUGGGAACUGGAUACUUCCCCCAAGGAGAUGUAGUCCGAGGAUGAGGGAGAUCUGCAAAGAGGCUUGCUACAGGUUGCCCGUACAGGUGAAGGGAAAGCUAACGGUCUUGCACACAUCUGUCCAUAGUAACCUCAUUAUAAACAGUUGCUUGGGUAAGCCCCAAUUCCUCAUGACACCCUUCAACAUUAUGAGAUGAGGUCUUCAUAAGAAAGGUGAUUUUCCUUUUCGAUUCCGUUCUGAUGUACCCUGAAACCACAGCACAUGGGCACAGCUGGUAUAGCUGCUACCUCACACCGCCAGAGACACGGGAUCAACCCUGACCUCAGGUAUUGUUGGUGUGGAGCUUGUACGUUCUCCCUGUGACAACAUGCGUUGCCUCCGGGUGCUCUGGUUUCCUCCCAGAUCCAAAAGACAUGCAGGUUUGUAGGUUAAUUGGCCUCUAGGAGUUGGGUGUAGUGAGUGGAUGGGAAAAGUAGGAUAAAAUAGAACUAGUGUGAACGGGUGAUCGAUGGUCAGCAUGCACUUGGUGGGCCGAAGGGCCUGUUUCCAUGCUGUAUCUUUCAAUCCAAUCCAUCUACUAUCUGCCAAUGCUCCAGUUCCCUGCCUGAUCCUCACAUCCUUGGAGAUCCAAUGAGCCAUCAACUGCUAAAAGCAAAAUAAAAAAGCAAAUUAUCUGGAUUAGAAAGAUCUGAAGAAAAUGUUGGACACAUGUAUCAGGUCGGGCAGCAUUGGUGGAGGCAGGGACAGAAUUGACACUUUGGGUCAAUCACCUUCUAUCGAUGGAACAAACUUGUCCACAGUUCUCCCGUGCAUUUCCAAUCUUUGCUGCUUCAAUGUCAAUUUACUGGGUAGAAAAAUUGAAUAAGCACUGAGUAGCCACUGCAUGGGUAGAAAGAUUCUAUAGACAUGAUGCCCAAAAGCAGAGGAAUUUUUGUUAAAUGCCCAUCGCCCUAUCCCUUUGUUCUGACCACAGGCAAUUACCAGUUUCAGUGAGACCCCCCCCCCACCCUCCUUACUCUUCCGCAUUGCAGGGUCCCAGCUCCAGAUCACUUCCUUCCUCCAGACAAGGGUAAUUCCUUCAGUCCCAGGU